GAGCCUAGGAGAGCUGCUGUUGGUGUGAUCUUGAAGUUUUGCCGGUGGUUGGAGUUUUAAUUAUUUUUUUUCUGGGCUUGUUGGGGUGGUUUUUGUGAGACGUAUUGUCGUCUUGGUCUUCGAGCCUAGUUGGUUGGAGGGUGCAGUGACCUGCCGGGUGUAGUGCGGUGUAGGGAGGUAGAAGCGGUGUGUGUAAGAAGUUUAUUCGAAUUUCCAAUGCCGGUGGAGUGAGUUGUUGCUGCGAUGUCAGUGGCCCCUUCUCGUGCCAACAGUCGCCUCCAAACCUACGAGGACGUCCCUACGGCAGAUGCCUCCCCCGUCCACCCGCCAGAUGGCGCCACGGACCCCAAAACCCAGAGGGACGGCGGCGAAGUGAGCGGCGGCGGCGAGAACAGAAACGGCGGACACAUGGACGAGGCCGAGCUCAGUGGUGUUCUGGACGCUGGUGCGUUGGACGCGGUGCACAGACAAUCGGAAAGCGAGGAGGAGGACUCCGUCGAGGAGGACGAGCCCCCAAGGGCGACAAACGGGGGAUUUUGGAGACAAGGGGCGGCCUCCAGAUCUCAAUCGCCUAUUAUGGCAGACAAUGCCAGCGAUGCCUCGUCCAUGGUGCCCCCCCAGAGGCCAAAGAGCCGUUCGGAGAUGGCCACCAGCAGAUACAGCAACCUCUCCUACUGGAAGGCCAGAAGGGUGGUGUUCUUCAGAAACGGCGAUCCCUUCUUUCCAGGAGUGGAGUUCAGGUUCAAACCAGGAAGAGACAUCAUGUCUUUGGAGGCGCUCCUGGACAAACUUUCCCUUCGUAUGGAUCUACCGAGAGGUGCAAGAUACAUUUUUUCCAUGGAUGGGGACAGGAAAUAUAGACUUGACGAGUUGGAGGAUGGAGCAUCCUACGUUGUGUCUUCCUACAAGACUUUUAAGGCUGCCAGCUACGGCAAGAAGAACGGCAUCUGGUACGCCGCUCCCGCGGGUGCCCAGGGAUGGAGCAAGGCGCCCAGCAGAAAGGCGUCGAUAGCGGAGGCAGAAGCGGCGCCGCCCCCCGGAGGCGGUCCUGUCAAACCGAGCUCCGGUCGUGUCAUCAGAAUUAUCAACAAUAUGGACCACACUGUGCAGUGCAGGGUACUCCUGAACCUAAGGACAACCCAGCCCUUCGAGGAGGUGGUCGAGGACCUAGGCCAGGUCCUGAAAAUGAACGGGGCAAAGAGGAUGUAUACAGUGUCGGGUCAAGAAGUUCGAAGUUUCUCUCAGCUGAGAAACGAAUUCGCUGACGUAGAUACUUUUUAUCUCGGUGUUGGUAGUGUUGGUUCAGUCAACAACCUGAUGAUGUCGCCAGUGAGAAGAGGACGUGCGAGAGUGGUCAAUACUGCCAUCGUUGAGGACCUAAGCAAAAGGAGGUCCAGGAGCAAGAGCAGACCCAGAGCGCUGUACGCCCCUGAGAGUGAAAUCGUUAGGACCAAUGAUUAUACCCUACUAGAAGUACUGAAAGAAGAACCUAUAAGAGUUACCAUUAAAGGCCUUAGAAGAACAUUUUAUCCACCUCUGCAUCAUCCGCCUAUGGAUAAUACACCACCAGAUAAAAAACUCCAGUUGGAAUGGGUGUACGGUUAUAGAGGAACAGAUUCUAGGAAAAAUUUAUGGGUACUACCAACAGGCGAACUUUUAUAUUUUGUAGCAGCAGUUGCGGUAAUGUACGAUAGAGAUGAAGAUGCCCAAAGACACUAUACAGGACAUACGGAAGACAUACAAUGCAUGGAUCUGCACCCAUCAAGAGAGAUGGUUGCUUCCGGUCAGAGAGCUGGAAGAAAUAGGAAAACGCAAGCCCAUAUAAGGAUUUGGAGCACAGAAACCCUGCAAACCCUCUAUGUGUUUGGUAUGGGAGAAUUUGAGGUUGGAGUAGCAGCUGUAUCGUUUUCUCAACUGAACGGUGGUAGUUAUGUUUUGGCAGUGGAUGCUGGAAGAGAGAGUAUCCUCUCAGUUUGGCAAUGGCAGUGGGGACAUCUGUUAGGCAAAGUUGCGACAUUGCAAGAAGACCUGACUGGGGCAGUUUUCCACCCUCUAGAUGACAACCUAAUGAUCACCCAUGGUAAAGGUCACCUGACCUUCUGGAACAGGAGGAAAGAUGGCUUUUUCGAAAGAACAGACAUCAUCAAACCGCCUGCAAGAACUCUCAUAACAGCUCUACAGUUUGAACAAGACGGUGAUGUCAUCACUGCUGAUACCGAUGGUUUUAUCACUGUAUACAGUGUGGACAGUGAUGGUGCAUACUUUGUAAAAAUGGAAUAUGAGGCACAUAACAAGGGAGUGAGUGCUUUGGUGAUGUUAUCAGAGGGAACUCUCCUAUCUGGUGGUGAAAAAGACAGGAAGAUAUGUGCUUGGGAUUCUUUGCAGAAUUAUAAGAAAAUUACUGAAUCGAAGCUUUCUGAAUCAGCCGGAGGUGUCAGAUCUAUUUACCCCCAAAGACCAGGGAGAAACGAUGGUAACAUAUACGUGGGAACCACCAAAAACAACAUUUUGGAGGGGUCCUUACAGAGGAGAUUCAACCAGGUUGUCUUCGGUCAUGGCCGUCAACUUUGGGGCCUUGCUGUCCAUCCUGAUGACGAGGUGUUUGCUACAGCUGGUCACGAUAAGAAUAUCGCGCUUUGGAGGAAGAACAAGCUGCUUUGGACCACGCAGGUUGCCUUCGAAUGUGUGUCCUUGUCCUUCCAUCCGUUUGGUAUUGUGCUGGCUGCCGGAAGUACAGAAGGACAUUUGUUGAUCAUCAACACUGAGAAUGGUGUGCUGUCGAGUACAAUUAGAAUAUGCGGAUCGCCACUGAGCUGUAUAGCUUUCAAUCCAACUGGCGACAUGAUAACAAUAGCGUCUCAAAAUGGCAGCAUAUACCUCUUCAGGGUGAGCAGGGACGGAUUCUCCUACAAAAAAUCGAACAAAAUUAGGGGUUCCCAGCCUCUGGUCCAGUUGGAUUGGAGCACAGACAGCAAUUACAUUCAAACGGUCACAGCCGAUUUCGACUUAUGUUUCUGGGAUGUCAAGUCUCUAUCUCCAGAAAAAAGUCCAAUCGUUAUGAAAGACGUCAAAUGGUAUACACAGAAUUGUACCGUUGGUUUUAUGGUUUCAGGCAUGUGGAAUAACAGAUUCUAUCCAAUGACUUCCAUCAUAAGCACAGCAAGCAGAUCAGCCGCCCAUGAUCUCUUAAUUUCUGGUGAUACAGAUGGUUACUUGAGGCUUUUCAGGUACCCUUGCCUGAGCCCAAAGGCGGAGUACAACGAGGAGAAGCUGUACAGCGGGACAGUGGCGUGCGCCCGGUUCCUCUUCAACGACAGGAACGUGGUCACGGUUGGCGGUACAGACGCUGCCUUGAUGCUGUGGGAACUGACGGAAGAAUAGCAACAAAAGAUUGGGUAUUACAGGAGACCACGUUUGUUGAAACAAAGAGUGAGAUAUGUUGAUUUUGGAGAUUACUUUGAUUCGGAUCUGGACUCGGAUCUGGAGAAUUCUUUCGAGGUGCUGGCGUUGAGGAAUUGAGAACGGUUUUUGGAAAUUCGAAUUUCUCAAUUUUGGGUUGGAGUAAUAUAGAAUUGCCCAUAAACAAUUUUGGGUUGAGCCUUGAAAAGUUGUAAAAUAAUAAGCGAAGCAACUUAGACCAUAAAUGGAAGAAACUUUUCCUUUUCUUUUUAAUAGGGAAGUAAUUCUAAAAUUUAUUUUAAAAUAAUUUUGAUAAAGUUAUUCUAAAUGAACAAGAUGUUACUACCUCAUUACAGGUAGAAAAAAAGCUUUUGUUAGAACGUUCGUAGUUUUUAAAAGUAUUCUCACGUGGAAGAAAAAUACAGGGUUGGGACUAUUUGGAGGGACACUGCAGGGAUAUCGAAAACCGUUAGAGAUACAGGGUGGCUCAAAUGA